AUGGAAAGCUCUAGGGCCAGUCGUGGUUGCUCUGAUUUCUUCCCUUCUCUCCCUCCUCCUCCUCCUCCUCCUCCCCAUAUGCCCUCUCGAACACCCAACAGGACACCACAUCCUGCAUCUAAUAUUUCUACCAAGAAAACGAAGUACUCCCACCAUCAUCACAAGGCUCCUUCGCCAGCGCCUCCAAUUGCAAUCCCGUCAGCAGCUCCGAUUUCGAUUCCAACUAGGUACUAUUUUGCGAGAGGUAUCCCGAUGGCCCCAUAUUCCUGCAAUGACCCGUCCUGCGGGCUGGAAAACAGGCUUCCAGGAUACAUUGUUGAAGAGCUUACCUCCCAAUCCGGCGAUUCUAUUGGAGAAAUUCAUACUCCUGUUGUCCAUCUUCCUAAUAACGUUCCCCCUCCAAUUGUAAUCUCGGAGACCGGCUAUCCAAUGGGAAUUGCAGGUCCGGAUGGCUCUCCAGCAUGGGCAAAGCCUAAGGCUUCUACCAGACCCUUCAAGCAUGAGCACGGACAUGAACAUAAUAGUCAUAAGAAUUUUCACUGUUCUCAUCAUCAUAAUUACCCCCAUGCAGGCUUCCAAGGUGGGCCGGAGUACCUUGUUCCUAUGGGUACUCCUAUCCCUAACCCCUACGGCCCCGGAAUCGUCUUCCUUCCACCAAAAGACCCAAGAAUCAUCCCUUGCAGGCCGGCUGAGAAUCUAGGCCAUUUUGACUAUGAUGACUUGGACACAAUCGAGGGUGACAGGCUCCACCAUCAAGGACGUCAUCCGGUCUUUGAAGACCCGAAUGGUGAAUACGCUCCCAUCAAACUGCGAGCCGAACAAAAUGAGAGAGCCAGAAUCGAGGAGAUCGAGAGGGAUCAAGCUCUCCGAAAUGCUCGCAAAAAGGAAUAUCAAAAGAAUGUCUGGCUCAAGGCUAUGGGUGCGAAGCAGGAUCAACCUGAUUUUGAUGCAACUAUCUCUACUCAUCACACCGCUGAACAUGAUGAAAGAGUUAUUAACAUCAACGUUCGGCAACCAUGCGACAAAUGCCAAGAACUGGUUACCAUCGAGACUGUCCAUCGCCGACUCUCACUUCAUGAAGCCUCUCAAGGGAUUGGUAUCGAUCUCGACAGCCCCGCCCCAAAACGAGUCAAAGAAUUUCUUUGCGAGAAGUGUGAAGUUUCAGAGGCAGAAGAAAAGAAGAAUGCCGAUCUUUUGCGCAAAUUAGUUCGACAAGUCGUCGCUGAAGCUGAUACUAUUAAGAAGGCUAAAGAGAACGAACCAAGCCUGCGUGCCACCGCUUCCCAUGGACGAGGAGUCAUUCAUAGCGAGCACCCUCAAUCUCUCGACCCAAGAGCUGCCCUCAAAGAACCUUUGUUACACCAUGGCAGGAAUAAAUCCAGCCGUUUCGAGAAUAUGCCUCAGGACGCGGCCUUAUCCAACCCAACCCCCCAUGGUCGUCAAUCGAAGCACCAUGUCUAUGGCCAUACAGAGGCAAAUAUUUCAGACGUCUAUCGAGAUGAAAGUGACGACGAAUAUCAACCUGCAAAGGAAGCCCGGGUCACACAACCUAGGUCUAGCACAAACUUGGGCAAUCGUCUCAGUCAUAGUAUUUUCUUCGACAGGGAGCACAUUGUCAACAAAGACAACAUUCGCAUCAUCUCUUCCAAAGGCCCCGAAGAUGACGAAGAAGAAGAAGAAGUUAUCGUUAUUCGUCGUGCCCGUCGUCACAAUGACAAAAACCACAAUGAAAACCGUAGCCACCCCACUCUCGUCAAGUCCGCUACGGAGAACCCGGAAGAGGCUCUUGAGGCCCUUACUCGUCGUCUCGCCCACCGGUUGGCUCUUUCGCCUACCAAAGCCGAUAGUUUCCACGAUGCUACAAACUUGCGAAACCAUACCAAAGAAAUGUAUCAAGAAAUUGAGUCUGGGUCAGACUCUUCCGGCUAUUCUGCCUUUGUUAGAAAGCACCAACGCUCGAGAGCUCACGCUCACCAGCGCCAAACCCAUAACAGGGCCAACCACCACAAUCGAGGAGCUCAUACUCACACAACCAACCACCAUGAGCCUCACCAUCAACACUAUCGCGAGCGCAUUGUUGAAUAUGAUGACGAAAAUCACCCACAUUACCAAAGGCGCCGUCGCACUCGUCCCGAGGAUAAGCCAGGCGAUCCUUCUAGUAACACUACGGCUGGAUUUUUUUCUAAUUGGGGAUUGUUCCGUAAGCCCACAUUUUAG